AUGGAGAAGAUGAAUCCCCAAAACCCACUAUACCUUUAUGGUUCUGAUGGACCAAAUACUAUUAGUAGUGUGGACAAACUAACUGAAACACAAAACUACAAGAAGUGGAGGAGGCCGAUGGAGAUAGCAUUGUCAUCAAAGAGAAAGCUUGGUUUUGUAAAUGGAAAUGUGAUAAAAGAUGAAAAUGAUAGAUUGAAAGCUGACUUUUGGGACACUUGUAAUGACACAGUCAUUGGUUGGAUAUUGGGAUUUGUCUCAGAUUCUAUUAGACAAACCAUCAUGUACACGAUGACAGCAAAGGAAAUUUUGCUGUAUUUGGAGAAAAGAUAUGUAGUAUCAAAUAGAUCCUUGAAGUAUAAGCUAAACAAAGAGGUAUAUAGCCUGAAACAAGAAGGGAGCAGCAUCAAUGAAUACUAUACCACAAUGAAAGAAAUGUGGGAAGAACUUGAUUCUCUUGAUCAGCUCCCUACUGUGACCUCUGAAGCAAAUGAUGUGUUGAAACUCCUUGAAGUGCUUCAAACACAGCAGGAAGAAAGGAGACUAUUUCAAUUUCUAAAUGGACUAAAUGAAAUUUAUGGAUGGCAUCCAAAGUUCAAGAACAACCUCAAUGGAAGAGGUUUUGGAGAUAAUUACAGUGGCCAAAAUAGAGGUCAAAGCGGCUACUUUAACAAAAUAAAGAGAAGCAAUAUGGUUGCUAAUGCACAUGGGAGCAGUCAUCAAAGUGCAGCCAAUGAAUUCACAGUGCAACAACUUGAGCAGCUGCUGAGGAGCUUGCCCAACUCUCGAAGAAAGACCUUCUCCUCUGAUGAUGAAAUGGAGCAAAACUUUGCAGGCUUUGCAGGUAUGGGAACCUUAUCUAAUACUAGUGUUGAUGCAAGGUGGAUAAUAGAUUCAGGAGCUAGUGAUCAUAUGACUUGUGAUAAUAAGUGUGUGGAAAAUAUUAAAAUGGAAAAAGAAGGAAUAAAGAUAAAUCUCCUAAAUGGUGAAUGCUCAAAAAUCACCAAAUAUAGUACUUUUAAACACAACCUACUGUCUGUAAACAAAUUAAUCGAUUCUGGAAAAUGCAAAAUGAAUUUCUAUGCUGGCUAUUGCAUGAUUGUUGAUCAUAACACCUCAAAACUGAGAGGAAUAGGGGAAUGCAGAAACGGGCUAUAUUAUCUGAUGAAUGAUGAAAUGAAAACCAUUGUUGAAGCUCUCACACACCCUACCUACCAUACUGGACUAAAUGCUGAACAAACAUCUGAAAACAUCACUCAUGGAUGGGUGCACACAAAGAAACAAAGUGAUAUGAUUUUUUGGCAUCUCAGAUUAGGGCAUACACCAUUUCCAAAAUUGUCCAGUAUGGGACUCAACAUCAAACCUAACCCAAAUCCAACUGUUCAACCAACCUCAACUCAGUUUAAUCACAAGGUGAAAGUCAUCAAAUCUGACAAUGCCUUGGACUUCAAAGAUGAACAAUGUAAGAAUCUGUAUGAGAGCAAUGGCAUCAUUCAUCAAACUAGUUGUGUUCAUACAGAACAACAAAAUAGCAGAGUUGAGAGGAAACAUCGAAAUAUAUUGGAGAAGCAAGCAGCCUAUCUCAUCAACAAAAUUCCAACCCCUAUCCUACAAAAUAAAACCCCAUAUGAAAUGUUACACCACAACCCUCCCACAUACUCCACCCUCAGAAUCUUUGGUUGCUUAGCUCUUGCUCAUAACCCUAAUUUUCACACAGAUAAAUUCAAUCCCAGGGGCGUUCCAUGUGUGUUCAUAGGCUACCUAACCACUCAAAAGGGGUACAGGUUACUUAACCUUUUCACUAGUGAAGUUUUUGUGUCUAGAGAUAUGAAAUGGUUUGAACAUAUACUUUCGUAUACUCUUUCCCUUGAGCAGCUGCAACACCUAAUCCCUUCCUCUCUUGAGCAUCAAAUACAUGGACCUCCCUCAUGGGAAGACUCAUCUGAUGAUGAGCCUGAUGAACACACCUCUCCACCUAGCCCUACCAUUUCACAUUACUCUCGUUCCUCCUCUGAUGUAACCACUACUUCAUCCAGUUCCUCUGAUUCACCUAACACUAUACCUACUCCUCAACCACUUAAAAGAUCCACAAGAACAACACAACCUCCUCCUUGGCUUAAAGACUAUGCCACUUCCAUUUCUAACCUCACCCUCACAACUGAUAACCCUGAAUUUACAUGCUUCUUAUCCACCUUGACACAUAAACCAGAACCAAAUUCCUACAUGGAAGCCCUACAUCACUCUCAUUGGAUCCAAGCAAUGAAUGAAGAGCUUCAAGCUUUAGAUGAAAACAUGACUUGGAUGGUCACUGAUCUCCCUUCCUACAAAGGACCUAUUGGGUGCAAAUGGUUAUUUAAAACCAAAUAUCUACCUAAUGGUAACAUUGAGAGGUACAAGGCUCGUUUGGUGUAUUUUGGAAAGAAACAGAAAUAUGGCAUUGACUACUUAGAAACUUUUGCUCCUGUGGCAAAACUCACCACUAUCAGGUCCCUACUUGUUGUUGUUGCUUUGCAAGAUUGGGAGGUAUACUAA